AUGGAGUUCCCUCAAUUAGGCCAAAAUUGCUCCAAUCCUCAAUGCUCAAGAUUAGACUUUCUACCGGUAAAGUGUAAUGCCUGUCAUAAGAUAUUUUGCAACGACCAUUACCUUUAUACGUCGCAUAAUUGCCCAUUAGCCUAUACCAAGGAUGUACAAGUACCUGUCUGCCCUUUAUGCAAUCAACCAGUACCAGUUGGUAAGGGUGAAUCACCGGACGAUAAGGUUAGUAGGCAUAUGGACAAUGAUUGCAAAUUUGAGAAACCUGUUAAGCGAAGUAAUCGAUGCUCACUUAAAGGUUGCAAAAUGAUUGAGCUAGUUCCUGUUGUCUGUCCUAGUUGUAAAAAAAACUUUUGCCUUAAACACCGACAUGAACAGGAUCAUAACUGCCAACCUAGGUAA